UCCCCAGCCUACCCAUCUUUAAGUGAGGACAAAAAUGGAAGCCGAUUAAGACGCAAUCAUGAAGUGGGCUGGUACAAUACCUAGACAAAAGUAUUGGUACAGUGGACGCAAUGAACAUACAUACCUAGGUACCUAAGUACAUACACCAACGCGUGGGACCCUGCGCACCGACCAAUUUCCAAUUAGACGCCAAGAAGUCCGGCAAAACCCUGCGAGCGGCUAAUCUGAUAUUCCACUUCCCCAGGGCGGUCAAGAUUUUCCACGGGCGGCAGAUUGAUUUAUCUUGAUACUCAGACACUACCAACUUUAACAUUGUUCGGACGUACAAGUGCUGCAAAUUUGGAUCCCUUGCGCCCGCAAUCGAAAAUACCAAAGUAUUACUGAUCCGAAAUAAUUAGGAAUCAAUUAUGGGUGUCGCAAAGAAGACGCGCAAGUUCGCCCAGGUCAAGCGCAUAAUCUCUCGCCGCGACGCGCGCCUCAAAGAGAACCAGACCAAAGCCGCCGCCGCAUCCGCCGCAGCCUCAUCAUCCAAGCCCUCCGCCUCCGGCGACAUCGUCCGCCGGGAAGUGCCCCAGCUGCCCUCCUCGCUCUUCUUCCAGCACAACGAGGCCCUCGUCCCGCCCUACAGCGUCCUCGUCGACACCAACUUCCUCAGCCACACCGUCCAGCGCAAGCUGCCCCUCCUCGAGUCCAUGAUGGACUGCCUGUACGCCAAGUGCACCCCCAUCAUAACCAGCUGCGUCAUGGCCGAGCUGGAGAAGCUCGGCCCCAAGUACCGGAUCGCGUUGAGGAUCGCGCGCGACGAGAGGUGGGAGCGCUUGCAGUGCGAUCAUAAGGGCGUUUAUGCCGACGAUUGCAUUGUCGAUCGUGUCAUGAAACACCGCAUAUACAUCGUCGCGACCAACGAUAAGGAUCUCUGCCGUCGGAUACGCAAGAUCCCUGGUGUUCCUAUUAUGAACGUAGCUCGGGGAAAAUACGUGAUCGAGAGAUUACCCGGCGCUCCUCAAUAGUCAGGAUUUAUAUUAGGGAAUAUAAUACGCAUGCAUUAGGAGGUAGCCAUUUAGAGGCAUCCGGCGUUAGGGCAGACAUUGUUUUAGGUAGUCAAGUUCAAUUGGCUUAAGGCAUACCAGACGGCGUUAUAGGCAGAUAAAAAGAAAAGCAGUCGAUUCAAUUCAAAGCUACAAUACAAAUUCAAC